AUGUCUACAAAAGUGAUUGUCAUCGGUGCUGGGUGGUUUGGACUGGUUGCCGCAAAAACAUAUCUUCAGGUCGAGCCGCAUGUCGACCUGACAAUCUUGGAGUCCGAUGAGACCAUUGGAGGCACAUGGAGUCGAUCGCGUAUUUACCCAAGCCUUCUCGCUCAACAGCGAUACGGCAGAUACGAAUAUUCAGACCGUAACAUCGAUAUCGGGGGCGGAGACAGGAACUCAUUUGUCCCGGCCUUCAAGAUCCACGCAUACAUGAACGAUUACGUCGAGGAAUUCGGCAUCAAGCAGCGCAUCAGGUUUAAAACUGUCGUUACCAGGAUUGUGCGCAACGAGGACGGCAAGAGAUGGGACGUCUGGAUCAACGACGAUUCGGAACUCAUGACUUGUGACAGACUUAUUGUUGCGACCGGGUUGACAUCCAAGCCCAUCAUGCCCAAUAUCCCGAGCGAGAAACCCACUUCCAAGAUCUUUCACUCAAGAGAACUGGGCACAUAUUACGACUAUAUCACAUCUCCCGCUGUCAAGAACGUCACUGUAUAUGGCGGUGGCAAGUCCGCAAUUGAUGCCAUAUAUAGUUGUGUUACGAACGGAAAACACGUCAAUUGGGUCGUUAGGAAGGGAGGUGGAGGUGUUCCUCCGCUACUCACCGGAGUUGCUAAUGGGAAAGUUCUCGAUGACUUUGCCACCUCCAGAUUCUCCUCCAAAUUGCACCCCAGUCUUCACACAAACGGUUGGUGGCACUGGGCAUUACACAGUGGAAAGAACUUCUUGGGACAAUGGCUUCACUGGAAGUACUGGGGACGCGCCACAAAUUCGAUGCAGAGUAACGUAGAAUACACCAAGAGUGAGAAUAUGGCUAAGCUAACACCGAAUAUUGUCGAUCAUGGCGCCUACUGGAUCAACGUCGGGCCCGCGGUCCUAACGCAGCCAGAGAUCGUCGACUGGAUUCACUGCGGCUGCCAAAUCACCGUCCACCGCAAUACCAUCGAGAAGCUUGAAGGCGACCAAGUACACUUGGAUGAUGGCUCCUCUCACCGCGCUGACGCCGUCAUCUACGCUACCGGCUACGAUGUAAUCCAACCCGCCUUCUCCCUUGAGGACGGCGCAAACCUCGGACUUCCAACACCCGUCAAGCAAUGUCCUCCCGAGGUCAGCAUGAAGUGGGGCUAUCUGGAAGAAGUCGCAGAUAAGGAGGUAGUGGAGCGAUUCCCGCGUCUUGGGAAGCCCCCGCCACACAAGAAGAUCCCGGUAGGGUAUACCCCAUAUAGGCUUUGGCGCGAUAUGGUUCCCUUGCCGCUCCUGUCUGGAGAGAAGCCGGAUCGGUCACUCGUUUUUGUCGGCACGGUUAAGACGUACUCGACUUCUAUAAUGUCUGAGGCUAUGGCAUUAUGGACUGUUGCUUGGAUGUCCGGACGGAUUCACCCAGGAAAGAGUUUUGGGGAAAUGGAGCAUGAAGUUGCUGUUUCCAAUGCUUUUGCUCGAAGACGCUACCUGAACUUAGGCCAUAAGUUCACUUAUCAGUUUUAUGAAUUCCUUCCCAUCGUCGACAAACUCCUCCAAGACAUCGGUGUCAAAUCACAAAGAAAACCUGACGCAAUUUCGGACUUUUUCGAGCCAUACAUCCCGGAAGAUUACCGCGGUAUGGUUGAGGAAUUUAAGAAGGCUCACGGCAUCAGCAAUGACGAAGAAACUAAAAAAGAGAAAUAG